AGCACACACCAACUAGCUGUCCAGGAAAAAGCCUUAGCAGAGAGAGGGGAGCGGGGAGGGAGAGAGGCGGGGCAAGGCAGUGCCUCGGCUUUUCUUCUCACGUCUUGCAACUGUGAAGUGGGCUUCUGGGCUGUGCGGAUUUUUUUUUUAGAUUCAAGAUUCUCCUUAAUUUCCCGCUUAAAGCCUCCCCCACAGUAGGGCCGCAUCCCCUGUAAUAAAAUGAAUUCUGAUUCGAGCUCUGUCUCUAGCAGAGCUUCGUCUCCGGACAUGGAUGAGAUGUACCUGAGGGACCACCACCACCGCCACCACCACCACCAGGAGAGCCGGCUCAACUCAGUGUCGUCCACCCAGGGCGAUAUGGUGCAGAAGAUGCCUGGGGAAAGCCUCUCGCGGGCCAGCGCCAAGGCCGCGGGAGAGAGCAGCAAGUACAAAAUCAAGAAGCAGCUGUCGGAGCAGGACCUACAGCAGUUGCGGCUGAAGAUCAACGGACGCGAGCGCAAGCGGAUGCACGACCUGAAUCUCGCCAUGGACGGGCUGCGCGAGGUCAUGCCCUAUGCGCACGGGCCCUCGGUGCGUAAGCUCUCCAAGAUCGCCACUCUCCUGCUAGCCAGAAACUACAUCCUGAUGCUCACCAGCUCCCUGGAGGAAAUGAAGAGGUUGGUUGGCGAGAUCUAUGGGGGCCACCACUCGGCUUUCCAUUGUGGGACGGUGGGGCACUCAGCGGGCCAUCCGGCGCACGCGGCCAACACCGUGCACCCAGUGCACCCCAUCCUGGGCGGUGCGCUCUCAUCCGGCAACGCCUCGUCGCCGCUGUCCGCGGCCUCGCUGCCCGCGAUCGGCACCAUUCGGCCUCCCCAUUCGCUGCUCAAGGCGCCCUCCACGCCGCCCGCGCUGCAGCUGGGCAGCAGCUUCCAGCACUGGGCCGGGCUGCCCUGCCCCUGCACCAUCUGCCAGAUGCCGCCACCUCCGCAUCUGUCCGCCCUCUCCACAGCCAACAUGGCCCGGCUGUCUGCCGAGUCCAAGGACUUGCUCAAGUGAGCAGCGGGCCCGCCUGGCUGCGGAGGAUAAGGGAGAGAGGCGGGAGGGGCCGCGGGGCCGGGCCGGGAAGGAAGAGCGAGGCUGGGCGCAGGGCCUGCGGGAGGUUGGGCGCGGGGGUCGGUGGCCUCCCAUGCCAUCUGAGAGAUCUCAGAUUCUACUUGACCCCCGGGAGGGAAAGGACCAAAAUCAAACUGCAGUUUCUCCGUGGUAGCGAGGAGACUCGAACCAGACAUCGUGUUUUGCAUGCAUGCUUUUUUCCCAUGCCGCGCCAGUAUUUCUCACUGCCAUAUGCUGUUGUCAAAACUGCAUUCGUUGUAUAAAGGUGGAAUCAGUGUAGUUAAAAACUUGCGAAGGAACUUUGAGUUGGCUUUCUCCGGUUCUGUGUUCUCAACUUGGGAAAAGAUGGGCAUCCCUUUUGUGCAAAACAAAUGUAAAUAUUUAUGGAGAUGAAUGCAAGUAUGAUUGUCUCUGUCUUCCACAUAGUUUUUCUAGAGACAAUGGAGAGAGAGAGAGAGAUGAGAAUUUGAGAAUUUCAACUCCAGUCCAGGGCAUGACACCUCCUAUGUGGGUUUUCCUUUCCACGCAGUAUAGGUCAAAAGAAUGCAUGCGCGCUUCUAAAUGAAUCUUGUGUAAACAUGUUGUACAGGCCGAGGUGCCAUUUUCCUUGUAACAAGGAUUUAUUAGUGAAUUCUCCCAAGUACUCCAUAUGUCUGUCUGUGGUUGUAUGAAAUGAGAAGGGGGGCAGAGUGCAAAGAUGCACACCCACGCACACGCGCUUCUUCCCUACCCUAUGCCCUUUAGACUUCAUUCCAAACCUUCCUGGCUGUGCUAGGGGCCGGAAUUGCAAAAGCUUGAGCUCCCUGUAGUAGCCUGCCCCACCCCCCUUGCUCAGUUACUCUGCAUGCGGGGUUGGCUCUCUCUAUUAUCAGCUUUGAAAACUUAUCGUGGUUUGGGGAGGAGUUGCCGUUUUUAUUUUCCUGAACAUUUGCGUGAAAUAUUUUGUUAGGGCUUCAAAGACAAUACCUGUCUUUAUUUUUUAUAUAUUCUUGAUAACUAUGAUAUAUUUAUUAAUAACCAGUGUUUCUGGAUGAUAUUUCAAAUAAAAAAGAACCUUUAAA